AUGUCUAACAACCACGACAACGGCAAGCAGUCUUCCCAAAGGGAGUCUCGCCGGGACAAGUGGGCUAUGAAUCUCGUCAAGUCUGACAGACUCGAGAUUAAGGGUCCGUCCGAGGAGCAGCUCGUUGAAGCCAAUAGCUCUUCUAAGAAUGCUUCCCUCACGGUCAUGGGUCAACCUCUUCCUGGUGCCGGAUCUUCCAAGGAUGCUUCCAUCGUUGCCAUGGGCCAGCGUCUCCCUACUACCCAUGUCACCGUCACCAUCCGCUUCCCCCACGGCGAUGUCCGCUUGCCCUGGUUUGUUGUUGGCCGCCACCCCAUGUUCGCUGCAAUGUUUGAGGGCGGUAUCCUCCAGUGGCCUGGUGCUUCUCCCCGCCAGGCUCGAAUCAUCACUCACUACCUACGGGCCCCCGGCCCCAACUACAAGAUGGUUUCUUGCGAGCCUUUGCCCCAUGAGGAGAGAUUGGAGCGGGAGUUCACUGAUGCUCUAGCAAUCAAUGCUCAAGCAACAUCUUUCAAUCUUCUUGAACUUGCCGGUCUGGCUCUGGCCCACAUGGAGGCGUAUGGAGACAUGAUUUCCCUUACCAGGAUCAUGAUCAAUUUCAUGGCUCAGGGCGAAUGGUACCAGCGAAAUCGGUGCUAUGUUCAAGACUACGUGACUCGCCGUUUCACCUCCACCUACCCAAUGGCUAUGCAUCAUGACCGUAAAGGGUUCGGACACCAAACUGGCGAUCCCCUGAUCGACGGCCUUCUUGGUGCAAUCAACGGCCUACGCUUCCCUGACUUGCCCUUCCCUUCCUACCCUCAUCACUACUACUAA